GUUUACUACUCGCCGGCAGAUUGUCAGCAGCGGUCGUGUUUUAUUGAGUUUAUACAUAAGCAUUUAUAUCUGAAAGAAAAUAAUGUCUCGGCUGAUGGGACCCCCUGAGAAGUUCCUGCCGUCUGAGUGGAAACAUGCAAACCAGGUGCAUUUCAGGAGCUCGGAGGCUGAACGAUCACUCUCACAGAGACUGACAGCAGAGUGUCAAAGACUCAUAGAGGAGAGUGACAGAUCUACCAAGCGCAUGCAACAGGACGCACAAAAUAAGCUGGAGCAGAGAAUCCAGGACAUCAAAUACUGGAAGCAGGAACUGGACCAGAAGUUUGAGGAGAUGGUGCAGGAGAUUGAGACCCUCGUCGUUUUUAAGAGCCGCGUGGAAAGGGCUUUAGAAAGCUGCUCUGAGCCUUUUCAAGUGACUUUGCAGUGUCUGGCUGAGAGACAGAAGCGGGUGGCGAUUGACCUUGUGCAUGAUGAGGUGGAAGAGGAGCUGUUGAAGGAGAAGGAGGUGAUUGAAGGAGUGAUGGUCCUGCUUCAGCGAACACUGGAGCAGAUCAAUGAGCAGAUCAGGCUCAUUCGUUCAGUGAAAUACUAUCUGGAAAAGGACUUGCAGGACAAAUUUCAGGCCGAGCGCAUCGAUGAUUUCUGUGCCCUUCUCACCAAUUCGUCGCCCAGCGUAAAAGGAGGGAAUUUAGCAGAUUUUAGCAGUGUUGGAACUGAAGUGACUCCUGAGGAGUGGGAGAGCCUCUGCAUCUUAAACAUAAGCAAAGCCGAGAAGGAGAAGAACAACUCUCUUUCUCUGAGAGCUCUCGUGGACAGCCUGCUGGAGCAGACGGCUGCAGACAUGCGCAGACAGUACGAGGCCGCGGGAAGAGCUUUUGAGCUCCGCAUAGAGGAGGCCAAAACUGCCAAAACACAGCUUGAGAGCCAGCUCAGUGAGCUGCUAGCGGAGACAGCAAAUCAAGAGAAAAAUCUGGAGUCUUUACGAGUGGCAGUGGCAGAGAAAGAAGCUCCGCUCAAAGUGGCUCAGACUCGACUGUCCUCUCGCAGCCAGAGGCCCAACGUUGAGCUCUGCCAUGACCCUGCUCAAAUCCGCCUGCUGAAAGAGGUCAAGGAGCUCGCAAACCACAUUGAGAGGCUGACUGAGGCACUUAGACUGUCAGAGAUGGAGCUGAAAGCUCUAGCAAGACGCCAGUUGAGCUUGGAGGAGGAGAUCCAGGUCAAGACCAGCUCCCUGUACAUAGACGAGGUGAUCUGCCAUCAGCUACGUCAGCCUGUGGUUAUUCACAACUUCUGAAGAAGGCCUAGUAUAUUUAAUUGUGUUUUAAAAAAAGAGUUUCCUUUAAAUAAUGCCGUGUCAUUUUGAUGGGUUCAAAACUGGGAUGUUUCCUCAUCCAUCUGCUUUGGUUUGUCUGUUUAUUCCAUCAUUCAAAGAGACUGUUUGAUAUGUAAAAGAAAAAAAAACAUACAAAAGGUAAAAUAAAAAAAAUAUAUACUAUCCUAAGGCUCACAAGUUACUUAGUUCUUGU